UGUAGAAGACAGGGAAGCAUGGCUGCCUUGGCUUCUUUAUGUGGUUCGGCCAAGGGAUGGGGGAAGCUUUAUUAUAUCCUUGCCGCUGUAGGGAAGAAUAGUAGUCGCGCUUCUGGAGCAGUCAAAUCAUGGAGACGGCAGUGUAGUUCACACAGUGAACAGGUAUCCAGUAAACCAGAUAUGCCUGAGUCAAUGGAUAAUCCUUAUAAGGAGCCACCUAAAAAAUGCAUCUUGUGUGGGAUACAUGUUGAUUACAAGAAUGUUCAGCUUUUGUCUCAGUUUGUUUCGCCAUAUACGGGUCACAUUCUUGGGAAGCACAUAACAGGCUUAUGUCCAAAGAAACAGAAGGAGAUCUCAAAAGCGAUUAAAAGAGCUCACUCUAUUGGAUUUAUGCCAGUUACAUAUAAGGACCCAAGAUUCCUCAGUGACCCUAAAAUAUGUAAUAUUAAAUAUCCAGAAUGAAUUAUGUUAAUUGUACUUAAUGUGUUUGUAAUUGGUGCGUGCUUAAUACCAGUAAAAAAUAAAUACACAGAAGUCUCAAAAGAUGAUCUCGUGGUUAUUUCCUGCUAAUGUAGCUGGCACAAAGCAAAAAAGUUUAAGGGUCAUUGAAAACACACGCACAGUCAGCAUUGACAUGCAUAAGAAAGUAUUUCCUGUGUUACAAUAGUAAACUAUCACCAUUUUUCAAGUCAUAUGAGCCUUCUUAAAAUAUACAUCAGAC